ACUGCUGGGGGACGAUGGGGCUCGGACGGGGCUAAGGGCUAACGGGUUAACUGCGGAGCAUUUAAGGAAUUUUCAACGCUUAAAGUCAUUCCACGCGUUGGGAAUCAAGCAGCCGGGGUCGGUGCGGGCUCUCUCUGUCCGCCCCUCCACGGUCGCCGCCGCCGGGGCCUCCUGUCAUCCGCGGCUCGGUGCUAACCUACGAGCUAACCGGGAUGGACGCCAGGUAGCGGUCGGAUCGGGACGGCGUGGCCGGGGUCGAGGUUCUCUGCAGCGGACAGCGGGGCUACUCCACGGCGCGGCUCUGGCCUGCACUCCGGGGGUCCGGGGGAGGAUGAGGAGCCGAGGGCUGGACCGGACCACGACCACCGCACUGACCUGACCAGGUGACCAGGUGACCAGGUUUGAGAAUGGACGUGUGCAGCAAGAACCCGAACCGUACAGCUCCUGUGAGCGAGGAUGGCCCGGGACAGGGUGACAUCCCGCUCUGUUCCCGGACCAACGGCUGGAGCUGGCCCCCCCAUCCGUUCCAGCUGCUGGCCUGGAUGCUCUACGUCUACUUUGCCGUCACCGGCCUCGGUGUGUUCGUACCGCUGCUGCCAACACAUUGGAUCCCUGCAGGCUACAUUUGCACAGGCAUCAUGUUCGUGUGUCAUCUGUGCGUCCACGUCAUGGCCGUGUCUGUGGACCCAGCCGACUUCAACGUGAGGAUGAAGAGAGACCAGGGUCCGGUCCCCAUGUUUGACCGCUCCAAACACGCCCACGUCAUCGAGAACUGCCACUGCUACCUGUGCCAGGUGGACGUAGGACCAAAGUCGAAGCACUGCAGUGCCUGUAACAAGUGUGUGGCCAACUUUGACCAUCACUGCCGCUGGCUCAACAACUGUGUGGGCAGCAGGAACUACAAGCUGUUCCUCCACAGUGUGGUUUCGGCUCUGUUAGGGGUCUGUCUGGUUCUGGUCUGCGCUUCCUAUGUCUUCAUCGAGUUCUUUCUGGACCCAUCGAAACUUCGCACUGACAAACACUUCCUGGUCAGGAAUGACACGGGUGUGUGGUUCGUCUUCCUCCCUGUGGCUCCUCUGCGUUCAGCGGCAGCAGUCAUUCCUGGUCUGGCGGCCGUUACCAUGGCGUUGGCUCUGCUUUCAUCUAUACUGCUCUGUCACCUGCUCUGCUUCCACAUGUACCUGAUGUGGAACAGACUCAGCACCUAUGAGUACAUUGUACGCCAGCGCCACCGUGUGGACAGCAGGGACCCCAGGAAACCAGGAUCCGUGAAGGAGACCAACGUUGCUGCUGUCAUGAAGGAUGUGAAUUAUCCAGGAACCCUGGGAUACACCAACCCCCAGCUGGACCUGGAGGACUCCCCUACCGCUGCACACGGAGAUACACAGAUCCUGGCUAAUGGAAGAGUGAGGUGUGUGUCCGGUCCUGAUUUGGAGGAAGAGGCUCCCAGCGUCUCCACGGAGCUGAAAGUAGCAGCACACACAGUUCAACACAAACAGAGAAAGAAGAAGAAAAGGGAGUGUCGAGUCCCAGGAAGUGACCAGAUGACCAGAGACCGCUGCCAAGCUGCAGCUCCACCCCCAGACCCCGGGGGUGGGCCCACCGUGUCUCCGGGUCGGCACCUUCCUUUCCCGGUGUUUCCCCUGCGGUCGUCCCUGCCCCCCCUGACCUCGGUCCCGGGGCCUAUCCAGGCCGCCGCCCCCCCGGCCGAGUACCACUCGGACUCUGCCGAGUCUCUGGAGGAGAUCCCGGUGGCGCUGGCCAAGCUGGGCUCCUCCUCCUCCGCCACGGCCGGUGCCGGCGCUGACGCGUCCAUGCCGGCCAGCAGGCCGGCGCCCCCGCCCCCCGUCCUGUCCCCCCACCACAGGACUAAGAGGAAACGCUGCUCCAGGACUAGCAGGGGCGGGGGGGAGCUGCGCAUGGAGAUGGUGUCCAAGCAGCCUCUCUCUGUGUUCGUCAGCCGGACGAGCGGUGAACCCCCCGACCCCUGGGAGGACGAUCUCUCCUCAGGGAGGAGGCAUACUAGCUCCAGACCCGGACCCGGAGCCGGGUCCAGACCAACGUCUCGGACAUCGCUGGGCUCUGGAUCGGCCUCCUGGAUGGAGCGCUGACCUGUCAGCUCAUAUAGCAAUGGCACAUUUCAUUCUAGACUCUUACUCUGAAGAGAUUCUGUGUUCAUUCAUCACCUGACCUUUAAUUUGAAAACCAAAGUGACAUUGUCUGUGUGUUUUAAACUUGUAGAUCUUUUCUCAUACCUGGAGUUUGAAUAAUUACUCCAAUAAUCACUUCACCAGAUUAAAAGUCUCUGCAAUUCUUCCUCAGGUUGGUGCUUUUAUUUUGAUAGAUCCCAUUAAAGGAAGUGGUUCCAUUGUGGGACGGGUGCUGGUGUACAGGUGAGGUGGUCAUGGGACUUUCCUGUCAGAUAUGUGUUUAAAUGAUGGAUGAUCCUACAUAAUAGAGGGUCCGCAUUGAAGUCACUUCCCCACUGGACCAGCCCCCUUACUGCACUGAGUGGCAAAAACAGCUGCAACUAGUGGAGAAGACGGGAUAACAGCUGAUUAUCAGCUUAAAUUAAAGGCAGUUGGAUUUGACAGUGACCCGUACAGUUACCCCAAGAACCAGUGGUCCAUGGACAUUAAUAUUUGGUACAGUUACCAAGAACCAGUGGUCCAUGGACAUUAAUAUUUGGUACAGUUACCAAGAACCAGUGGUCCAUGGACAUUAAUAUUUGGUACAGUUACCAAGAACCAGUGGUCCAUGGACAUUAAUAUUUGGUACAGUUACCCCAAGAACCAGUGGUCCAUGGACAUUAAUAUUUGGCCACGAAUCCAGUUUCCUGAUAUUUAUAUUUACUUAAUUUCUACGCCGGGGAAAUACACGAAGCAAAGCUUGAAGGCUUACAGAAGUCUUGACGCUUGGUCCGACUUCAAGGCAGGAUUUGUUGUAAAAAUUAAAGUGAUGAGGACACCGAACUUUAUGAUUUGACCGUUUAACGUUAGCUACCCAAAAAUCCAACAUUACCUGAUACAAAAUGGGAACCACAAAUCCACGUUUCAGUUCCUGGAAUCCAGUUGUUUCUGCUAAUUGCAGCGAUCCAUUUGUCUCUCUUAAGCUUAUUUUUCGGCAGUCUGUAAAACGAUAACUCCGAUUUCUUGCUAAAUCUAUGAGUACAGUCGAUCCCACAACAGCUCUUUCCCAUUUUAGAUGUUUUCCAGUUGCUCAAACUGAAAGUUUACGCUGCCACUCAGUCUUUCUGACACUCAGUCUUUCUGUCACUCAUUCUUUCUGUCACUUAGGGCGCUUUCACACCUGUGACCCGUUUGUUUUAUUCCGAUUCAGGGGCUAAAUCGAUACAGUGGUUCCGUUUCUCGUUUGUGUUCACAAGGCAAACGUCUGUAGCGGUUCAAAGCUGAUAACAAAUGCCAUUCACGAACCAGCUGCUCUCUGAUUGGUCAAAUGAACGCGGAAGGAGUUUCCUCUUCCGCACCCCGGGAUAAACAACACGCCCCUUUCAGCGCAGACCCAGUGGGCGACACGCCCCUUUCAGCGCAGACUCAGUGGGCGAAACCUGCUUUGAAGUCGCAUCUGUGAAGUCAUGCACAUUCCCUCUAUAGUUGUCCUUCAAAUGACCCUGAAGCAGGUUUUAUGCACAUUAGCUGAUACAGCUCUGUUAACGUGAAUUGAAGGUCAAAUCCACAAACCCAGCCUGUUUUCGUCUUCAAGGGGCAGAUACGGAAGGAUACAUAAAGGGGUUUGAUAGCUCCAUCCCCACAGAUUCUCGUAAGGGGACUGAAGAGCCAGGAAUCCUUCAGGACCAGGAUGUGUCUGAAGCUCCAUCAGAGCAGAGCUGCUCCUUUUAAACCUAUACGUUCUCAGUUAACAAUAACAUGCUCCAUGUGAUGCUAUUAAUCCCAAUUGUGGUCCUGAUGCGAGUCACAAGACCACAUGCAGUGUCUGAAGCUGAGUAUGUGUGUGUCUGUUCAGCAGGACUUUUUGUUAAACAAAAAUCACUGAUUUUUAUUCUCCAAUAAACGUUUCUGU